AUGAAGUUACCACAUGGGUUUUCCAACGCCAACGAAACGCGAGUUUGUCGGCUAAGGAAGUCACUAUACGGCCUUAAACAAGCCUCUCGUAACUGGUACCACAAGUUUACUGACGCAUUGUUGCAGCUUGGUUUUGUGCAGUCUAAGGCAGACUAUUCGCUUUUCACCUACAAAAGGGAAAAGGAUUUUGUGGCUGCAUUAAUAUACGUAGAUGACGUAAUCAUUGUGGGAAAUAGCUCGUCCAUGAUCACGCACACAAAGAAACGGCUCCAUGACCUUUUCACCAUCAAAGACCUUGGCAGGUUGAAAUAUUUUUUGGGAAUAGAGGUGGCACGUACCGAGAAAGGGCUAGUUUUGAGUCAACGCAAAUACACACUUGACAUAUUGAAGGAAAGUGGACUGGAAGGUUGCAGGCCGAGCCCACUUCCUAUGGAACAAAAUCUGAAAAUCGGCCCUGACCUCGAAGAAGAAAAAGUCGAUGCUAGCUCCUAUCGACGGUUGAUCGGAAAACUUCUUUAUUUGCAAGCAACUAGACCCGAUAUCACAUACUCGGUUAACGUGCUAAGCCAAUUUGUAGGAGACCCUCGGCAGAGCCACAUGAAUGCCGUGGUUCGUGUGCUUCGAUAUUUGAAGAUGACGCCGGGACAAGGCAUUUUGUUACCCAAAGAAGGAGGCACACGACUAGUUUCCUAUUGUGACGCCGACUGGCUAGGGUGCCAAUUUACGAGACGUUCGCGUACGGGUUAUUUAUUAUUACUUGGUGGGGCACCUAUUUCGUGGAAGUCUAAGAAACAGUCGGUUGUCUCUCGGUCUUCAGCAGAGACAGAAUAUAGAGCCAUGGCCACCACUGUCAGCGAAAUUCUUUGGGUCCGAUUCCUUCUAAAUGAACUUGGUGAAAAAGUGAAGGGUGGAACGACGUUAUUUUGCGAUAAUCAGGCUGCAAGACAUAUCGCAAACAAUCCCGUCUUCCACGAGCGAACAAAACAUGUGGAAAUGGAUUGUUUCUUUGUCCGUGAAAGAGUAGAGUCAAAAGAGAUUGAGCCGAGAUACAUUGAUUCAAAGCUGCAGCUAGCUGAUUUACUUACGAAAGCUCUAGGGGCUUCUCAGUUAAAGGGGUUGCUUGUCAAGUUGGGCAUGCGAGAUCCACACGCUCCAACUUGA